GCAGGUUUCUGCAUUGCAUCGCAUUGCACUGCCGAGGCGACUUCGACUUUCCAGGACCGGGACGAACCACCUUGGGGACCCAAGAUGCCGAAGCCGAUCAAUGUCCGGGUAACCUCCAUGGAUGCGGAGUUGGAGUUUGCCAUCCAGCCCAACACCACAGGCAAACAGCUGUUUGAACAGGUGGUGAAGACCAUCGGACUGCGGGAGGUGUGGUACUUCGGCCUCCACUACGUGGACAACAAAGGGUUCCCCACCUGGCUGAAGCUUGAUAAAAAGGUGUCAGCCCAGGAGGUGAGAAAGGAGAACCCACUGCAGUUCAAGUUCCGGGCCAAGUUCUACCCUGAGGACGUGUCGGAAGAACUCAUCCAGGACAUCACACAGAAGCUCUUCUUCCUGCAAGUCAAGGAAGGGAUCCUGAGCGAUGAGAUCUACUGCCCACCCGAGACAGCUGUGCUGCUGGGCUCCUACGCAGUGCAAGCCAAGUUUGGGGACUACAGCAAAGACACACACAAGGCCGGCUACCUCAGCUCUGAACGCCUCAUCCCACAGAGAGUCAUGGACCAGCACAAGCUCACCAGGGACCAGUGGGAGGACCGCAUUCAGGUGUGGCACGCUGAGCACCGAGGGAUGCUCAAGGACAGUGCCAUGCUGGAGUACCUGAAGAUUGCUCAGGACCUGGAGAUGUACGGAAUUAACUACUUUGAGAUCAAGAACAAGAAGGGUACAGACCUGUGGCUGGGGGUGGACGCCCUGGGGCUGAACAUCUAUGAGAAAGAUGACAAAUUGACCCCAAAGAUCGGCUUUCCCUGGAGCGAGAUCAGGAAUAUAUCAUUCAGUGAUAGGAAGUUUGUCAUCAAGCCCAUUGACAAGAAGGCACCGGACUUUGUCUUCUACGCGCCACGCCUGCGAAUCAACAAGCGCAUCCUGCAGCUCUGCAUGGGAAAUCACGAACUGUACAUGCGGCGCCGCAAGCCCGACACUAUCGAGGUGCAGCAGAUGAAGGCCCAGGCUCGCGAGGAGAAGCACCAGAAGCAGCUGGAGAGGCAGCAGUUGGAGACUGAAAAGAAGAGACGCGAGAUCGUGGAGAAGGAGAAGGAGCAGAUGCUGAGGGAGAAAGAGGAGCUAAUGAUGCGGCUCCAGGACUAUGAACAGAAAACCAAGAAGGCUGAGAAAGAGCUCUCGGACCAGAUCGAGCGAGCCCUGCAGCUGGAGGAGGAGAGACGCCAUGCCCAGGAAGAGGCUGAGCGCCUGGAGGCCGACCGCUUGGCUGCACUGCGUGCCAAGGAGGAGCUGGAGCGGCAGACGGUGGAUCAGAUCAAGAGCCAGGAGCAGCUGGCAGCAGAAUUGGCCGAGUACACGGCCAAGAUUGCCCUGCUGGAGGAGGCACGGCGGCGGAAGGAGGAUGAGGUGGAAGAGUGGCAGCACCGGGCCAAGGAAGCCCAGGAUGACCUGGUGAAGACCAAGGAGGAGCUGCACCUGGUGAUGACUGCACCACCGCCACCACCACCUGCCUUCGAGCCUGUCAACUUCCACGUGCAGGAGAACCCGCAGGAGGAGGACACAGAGUCCAUGGGCUACAGCGCCGAGCUGUCCAGUGAGGGUAUCCUGGACCACCGCAACGAGGAAAAGCGGAUCACUGAGGCCGAGAAGAAUGAGCGUGUUCAGCAACAGCUCAAGACUCUGAGCAGCGAGCUGUCGGAGGCCAGAUACGAAAAUAAGAAGACCCACAACGACAUCAUCCACAACGAGAACAUGCGGCAGGGCCGCGACAAGUACAAGACCCUGCGCCAGAUCCGCCAGGGCAACACCAAGCAGCGGAUCGACGAGUUCGAGGCCAUGUGAGGUCCACGGAGAGCCCCCGCCAGCAGAUGGAGAUGCGGCCUUGUAGUUUCUUAUUUAGAACCUCCCCCCUUUGCUCAAUAUCCCCGUUUCUUUAAGAAGUAGUUAUUCUGGGGGAAUGUCCUAGAGCUGGGGGCCACCAGAAGCGCCCAUGUUUCUCUUUUCCCAGUUGCAUCAGAGUGCCAAACAGGCCUGAUUUCUUACUCUGGUUCUUCUCACUGAAUCACAUCCUGUUUUGUGCUUGGAACAGGACUGAUCGAAUCUAAGGCAGAUGCCAUUGAGUUUGGCGGCCCCCUUGAUGCUGGCGCACAUGUUGGCUUUGGUUAAUUCUGGUUCAUUCCAGAAAGCCAGCGCCAUUGGCUUGUCUUCUUGUGCCAUACCUGGCUCUAAUGUUUCGAAAUGAGCUUAAAUUUAUUUGAUUUCUAGGAAGCUCCAUCUCUGUGUAUAUUUAUGUUUGGGGUGGGGCAGAAAAUAGUUUGAGAAAGGAGUCAAAGCUCUCUUGGACUUAAAUACGCACUGAGGCUCUUCUUUCAGGCUGGGGGCAGUUGUCCCCCGUAUCAGCAUGCAGGGGUCAUUUCUAAGCACCAGCACUGGUGUUUAUGCCUCCGCUCCUCCCAAAACUAGCUUGAUUUGUGUUUCACAGGGAGCCUGUUACCAGCCAACAUGCCUAAUAACAACCAGCCCUAGCAAAGAGUAUUUAUACAUACGUGGUUAUGGGGUUUGUAACACAGGUUACAAAAAAGGGAAAGUUUUGUUCUGUAUAUUUUGUUACCUUUUACAGAAUAAAGAAGUGCGUAUAUCCAAA